UUUUUUGCUCUGCUGACGAACCACUGCCAGCUGUCAUAAUUCAGAGUAAACUGUCUGCCUUCUGGGUCAUAUUUUUGCCACUGUUUCGCUUCUUCCAGGUAUUUUCCCCACGGCAGAAUGGGUCGUGGCUAUAUAGUUGAAGAUGCUGUGGAGAAGUAUCUGUCUAAACUAUGUGAACAACUAGCAGGUCCAGUCACUGGCCUCCUUAUUGGACAGAGCUCAGCCCAAAGGGAUUUUGUUGUCAUGGCAAUUCGAACGCCCCAAAGAGAGGAGUCGACUGCAGCGGCUGGAAACUCUGUCGACAAGGAGUUGGUCACUGAGCACGCCCGACAGGUGUCCAGGAUGCUGCCCGGGGGCCUGUCUGUAUUAGGAGUCUUCAUCAUCACUGAUACAGAUGCCAAGGACACACUGACCACACUCCGACAGCUGGUGUUUGCAGUGGAGAACCUGAUCUCCUCGGAGCACCUGUGGAACCCUGCAGACGACGACGUCACAGACUGCGUCACGCUGCACGUCAACCCCAAAACCAGAAAAACCGUUUGCAGAACCUUCGACGUCAAAGACCCCAAGAGCACGGCUAAACCUGCAGACUGGAGGUACCAGUCAGGUGUGUGUUCCUCCUGGGCCACGGUGUCAUGCUGUCUAAACGUAAACCUGUCAGUGCCUCUACCAGACAACAAAACCAGUACAGAAAGCAUGGAUGAAUGUCUCAAGGAGGGACUGACAGUGUGGGCACACCAGAUUGAGAGCGGAGUUUGUCUGAUUGAUGGAAAAAAGCUGCCUGAGGACUCAGAGCUCACAGCAGGACAGAGGAGGAAUGUGAGACAGACGUACACAGCUCAGCUGCUCAUCACGCCGGAUGGCCAGAGGUUGACAGAUGUGGUCCAGCAGUGUGGAGGCAGUGUGUCGGUCAGAGGAGCGAUCCACAGCAGAGCUUUUCUACACAGCAACAAACCCAAAGCAAAGCUAGCAGAGAAGCUGCUGAAGAGGGAUGUGGUUUCUACGGUGGCCACGAGGGUUCACAUGCUGCUGGAGGAGCUGCUGACAUCCGGAGAGCAGGACCAGGGCAGCAGCAGAGACAAACAAAAGACAGAGCAGCUCUGCCUCCCUCGUCGUAUCUUUUGUCCUGUGAAAGUCACCGGGCCAGUGUGUGUGAGCGACUACCAGUUCAGUGACGAGGGUUUGCCAGAAGUGAUCGACCGGCUGAAGGAGAUGCUGGACAUCGACGCAGCCGAGGAAGAUUUGGACACCAGGCAGGAAGUGGCGGCUGAAGUCAUAGAGAGCAACGUUACAGCAGAGCCCACUGUGGAAACUGUUAAAGCGCCAGAGGCCAAGAAAAACAACUACAUCGGUGUUGCCAUGGCUGCUGCUGCCGCUCUCCUUGCCACUGCUGCCUCGAUGCUGUACCUCAAUGACAUCUAAGGAGUGUGCACACACCACAAUAAAGUGUUUUGUUUUGAAUA